GUGUAGUAAUCCGCAACAUGGCGGGCGUGCUGUUCGAGGAUAUUUUCAACGUGAAGGACAUCGAUCCGGAGGGCAAGAAAUUCGACAGAGACCGGUCCCCACCUUGUCUGAUUGUGAGAUUGUUCCCUCGGGCGGUCGACCUUGAGACCAGCUGACAAACCGAGGAAGACGAAGGAGGAAGAGGAGGAGGAGGAGGAGAAGAGAGAGGAUUGCGCAACGCUUCGAAAUAUCGUGAUUUCGAGACUGGCCAUCGAGAUCCUCAUACAGUCUCUUUGUCUUCAGCAAAGAGAAUGAGCAGACUCCAUUGCGAGUCGGAGUCAUUCAAAAUGGAUCUCAUCCUAGACAUCAACAGUUGGUUAUACCCAAUGGACCUAGGAGAUAAAUUCCGCCUUGUGCUAGCGACGACAUUACGCGAAGACGGAUAUCCAGAUGGUAACGAGUGGAAUCCUAUGGAACAGGAGGGUGGCUCCAGGGCGGACAGCUUUGAGUACGUCAUGUCCGGCAAGGUGUAUCGAAUCGAAGGCGACGAGGCUAACAACGAGCCCAGCAGCAGACUAUCAGCCUACGUGUCUUUCGGAGGUCUGCUGAUGAGGUUACAAGGCGAUGCGAACAAUCUUCACGGCUUCGAGAUAGAUCAACAUAUGUACUUGCUAAUGAAGAAACUUGCAUUUUGAUAUUUUCAUUGUCAAUUCGUCACACAGUUCAACACGGACACAAAUCAUUUAAAAGUACCUUCAACAAAUAAAACUAUCAAAAUGAAGAAACUCUUUUCAUGUUUUAAUAUAUAUAUUAACACUUUAAUCAAAUGUUGAUUCACUUUUUUUUAUAAUAAUAUGGAUUUUACUGUACAUGAAAUUUUUUUUACCUUAAAAAUAUUUAUUCGGGAGAUUCAUGCAUAAAGAUUUUUUACGUUCAAAGUUAUCAAAUAAUCUCUUACUACUGCCAUGAUUACCACUAGGAAAUUAAGGGAAAUAAAAUUAUUUUUUAUGCUGAA